GGGUUACUUUGGGGAACUUUUUGUAUCCAAACUCCUGACCAGGAAGAAAACAUUGCUGAAGUUCCUGCUAAAACGGUCAUAAUGGUGAAGAAUUAAUGCGGGGUAAAUUACGUUUAAGUGCAGUACUCCUGUUUUAAAGAGCAGAGCAAGCACUUCCCUUGCGUUGCUGUGGCCCUUGCGUAUUUUUAAUGAAACCCGUUGCAGGGCCAGCAGCUCUGUGUACUGCUGCACCGCGGGGCCCUGUGCCGCCAUCGCCGGCGGUGGGCGCGGGCCGGGGGCGGUGCUGAGGCGGUGCUGAGGCGUCGCAGCAUGGCGGGCGCGGGGGGGCGGGCGGCCGCCCCCGCCACCUCGGGGUCUUACACGGGCCGCGGCUCUUCCACGCCAGGAGUGGGCGGGCAGGCGGAGCAGACGCCCCACUACACCCUGGGGCUUCUGCAGACGCCGCACGGCUCGGAGAGCACCGGGGGCUCCUCCAGAGGCGGGACACGGCCGGGCGGCUCCAGCGGCGAAGGCCUCGCAGCCGGCCGGGCCGCCAGGAGCAGCGCGGUGAAGCCGGCAGUUUCCGAAAGGGGGGAAUCAUAUUUUGGGGACAAAAGUUCUUGUGUAGAAAAUGCUAAUACUUUGAAUCUCACGAGUUCUUCUUCUGUGCGAGGUCUGAAUAGCACAUGUAUAGGGAAAACACCUCUCUCUUCUGGUAGAUCUGGUUGCAGAAGCCAUACUUCUCUUAUGGGAUAUUCGGUUACAUCCUCAUCUGCAGUUUCUGCUCAUACUGUUGCAUCGGUUAUUGUAGCUGUAGUGGAAGGAAGAGGCCUUGCCAGAGGUGAAGUAGGAAUGGCCAGUAUAGAUUUAAAAAAUCCUGAGUUGAUACUAUCUCAAUUUGCAGACAAUACUACUUAUGCCAAGGUUAUUACUAAACUCAAGAUUUUAACACCACUAGAAAUAAUAAUGUCAAACACUGCUUGUGACGCAGGGAACACAACAAAAUUGUUCAAUCUGAUAACAGAACAUUUCAAGAAUGUGACUUUUUCAACUGUCCAGAGAAAAUACUUCAAUGAAACAAAGGGUUUGGAGUAUAUAGAACAAUUGUGUGCAUCUGAAUUUAGCACCAUUUUCAUGGAAGUCCAAUCGAAGUAUUACAGUCUUGCAGCUGCUGCAGCUUUGCUGAAAUAUGUUGAAUUUAUUCAAAACGCUGUUUAUGCUCCUAAAUCACUAAAGGUGCGUUUCCAGGGGAGUGAGAAAACAGCUAUGAUAGAUUCAUCAUCAGCACAAAAUCUUGAACUAGUGAUCAAUAACAGAGAUUCGCGGAAUGGUCACACACUCCUUGGUGUUCUAAAUUAUACUAAAACUCCUGGUGGAAGUCGAAGACUUAGAUCCAAUAUCCUGGAACCUCUAGUUGAUGCUGAAACAAUUAACACAAGACUGGACUGUGUUCAGGAGUUACUCCAGGAUGAGGAGCUCUUUUUUGGUCUUCAAGCAGUUAUUUCAAAAUUCCUGGAUACAGAACAACUACUUUCAGUUUUGGUACAGAUUCCAAAGCAGGAUACAGUUAAAACUGCUGAAUCAAAAAUAACUAAUUUAAUCUACCUGAAGCAUACCUUAGAACUUGUGGAGCCUCUAAAAGCUGCUUUAAGAAGCUGCAACACACAGCUGCUAAAGGCUUACUACAAUUCUCUUGAAGAUACAAGAUUUGGAAUUAUACUUGAAAAGAUUACAACUGUAAUUAAUGAUGAUACAAGAUACACAAAAGGAUGUCUGAGUAUGAGGACCCAGAAGUGCUACGCUGUUAAGCCUAACAUCAGUGAAUUCCUUGACAUAGCUCGUAGGACAUAUACAGAAAUUGUUGAUGACAUAGCAGGUAUGAUAACGCAACUUGCAGAAAAGUACAGCCUACCAAUGAAAACAAGUUUCAGCUCUGCUCGUGGAUUUUUUAUCCAGAUGAAUGCUGAUUGUUCAACAUUACCUAAUGGCCAGCUUCCUUCAGAAUUUACAAAGAUCACGAAAAUGAAAAACACAUACAGCUUCACUUCAGCUGAUUUAAUAAAAAUGAAUGAAAGAUGUCAGGAGUCCCUGAGAGAAAUCUAUCACAUGACCUAUUUAAUAGUGUGUAAACUACUGAAUGAGAUCUAUGAACACAUUCAUUGCUUAUACAAGCUGUCCGACAUUGUGUCUAUGCUGGAUAUGCUGCUUUCGUUUGCCCACGCCUGCACUCUUUCUGAUUAUGGACCAAAUAUGAGUGGAAAAUCAACAUACCUGAAACAAAUUGCUCUCUGUCAAAUUAUGGCACAGAUUGGUUCUUAUGUCCCAGCAGAGUAUUGUUCUUUUCGAAUCGCAGAGCAGAUUUUUACCAGAAUAGGUAUGGAUGAUGAUAUUGAAACAAAUGCAUCAACAUUCAUGAAGGAAAUGAAAGAGAUAACGUACAUCAUACAAAAUGCUAAUGAUAAAUCUCUCAUCAUUAUUGAUGAACUUGGCAGAGGUACCAGUGCCGAAGAAGGUAUUGGCAUUUGUUAUGCUGCCUGUGAAUAUCUGUUGAACUUAAAGGCAUUUACACUGUUUGCUACACAUUUCCUGGAACUAUGUCAUAUAGACGCUUUAUAUCCUAACGUGGAAAACUACCAUUUUGAAGUGCAACAUGUGAGAAGCAGUGCUGGAAAUAAGGAGAAAAUUGCUUACACUUACACACUUUCUAAGGGAUACACAGAGGAAAAGAACUAUGGACUAAAAGCUGCAGAAGUGUCCUCCCUACCAUCAUCCAUAAUUUUGGAUGCAAAGGAAAUUACAAAUCACAUUGCAAAACAAAUUUUGCACAGGCAGAAAAGCACUCCUGAGAUGAUGAAACAGAGAGCUGCAUACCAGUUAGCAAUGAGAUUGGUUCAGACUCCCAGAAAUUCUUGACUGGACCCUGACAGUUUGCGUGUAUAUUUGAAAGCCCUGAAGAAAAAGUAUGAAGCCAGUUGUCCUACACCUGGAAAAAAUUAUGAGCAACAGUAAUGUAUAACAUAGACUGUUGUUCUAACUUUUAUGACUGCAAGAUGAUGCUGGUUUUCCCCAAAGUAUUAGUACUGUCUUUUCACGUCGUGUUAUGUUUUUAAUUCUUAGUCUAAAUUACACUCAGUAAUGGAAGACCAUAUCCUUUAUGGGUUCCCUCUCUUCUCUGACAUACCUGGAAGAAAAGCAUUUGCCUUCUAUGAGGAACACAAUUCUUUUUGACAGUAAAUUGUAUCAUUUCCAUCAUUUUAGAGCAGCAUUGAGAGGAGAGGGAAGGACUGGGGCAGAAUACUAAGGAACUCAGAAUUUCAGGCAUGACCCAAAAGAAAGCUGAGACUGCAAAAAGGGAAAACUGUGUCCAAAUUGCCUCGAAGCAGUUUUUGCUGUCUGUUCUUAUUCCUGUUUUAUUCUCGAC